AUGACCACAGCAGCGCACGAUUCGGACUCGGACUCAGUAUCAUCGUGGGAGGCAGCUCGUGAGCGCGAGACGUUCAAAUACGAUGCGCUGGAGAUUUCUACUGCUUCGCUUCGCAAUCCCGAAGUCGCAAAGCCCAUUCCGUCCGCUGUCCUGUCGUCCACUCCGGACCCGGGCCUCACUGCCUUUGCCCAGCUCGGCUUGUACCGACUUGGGGGCUCACGUGCCCUGGUCUCGCUCUUUGACCGACGCAACCAGCACAUCGUUGCCGAAGCUGUCCGUGCAACACCGCUAAACCUGAAUGAAGACCAUCGGGAUCAACUUUGGCUUUGCGGGACCGCUGUGCCCCGAGCAACCAGCAUUUGCGAACAUGUCCUUGCAGGACCCGCCUCCUCCCUCACGAUCCCGGGCAGCGACACGGGGGACACUCCAAGUGAUCUGCCGGUCUCGGUGCUACUAAGCCUCGAUCAAGACGCCAGGUUUAACGACGUACAAGAUCCCUCAAAGCGUUUUUAUGUCGGCGUGCCUAUCCGGUCACCAGCCGGCAUCAACAUCGGGGUGUACUGCAUCUUCGACGACAAACCACGCCAAGAUGUCUCCUCGGAAGAGGUACAAUUCAUACGGGACAUGUCUGUCACCAUCAUGAGCUACCUAGAGACCAAAAGAUCACACGAGUGCUAUCGGAGAGAGGAGCGUAUGGUUCGCGGGCUCGGGAGCUUUGUCGAAGGGAAGGCCAUGCUGUCGAAUUGGUCGCAUUCCUCGAAUCCCUCAUUCAGGGAUAUCCCGGGGGUCCGGGAGGGGUCAUUGAACAAACAUCUGCGGGCCGGCUCUGACAACGGGAAGCUACCACCGAUCGAAGCGGGCAAAUCACCAACCGACGACACAUUCUCGGCCCCUACCCGGACACGCAGCAUCGUUGGGAAGACCGAGGCCCCUCUCGGGCGGAAUCACCGGGCAUCGCCUUUGGACAUGUUGGAAGCUGCUAUCGAAGGCCUCUUCUCGAAAGCAUCCAAUAUAGUCCGAGAGUCCAUCGAAGUGGCGGGGGUGGCUUAUCUAGAUGCGAGUAUCAGGACCUUCGGGGGCUUGGUCGGCCAGGAGAUGCCAUCGCCCCCUGUACUCGGGAAACCUCCCUUCGAAUUGGAAUCAAGCGGUGACGAUUCGGAGGUUCCGGCCUCCCGGACUCCUGAUGCAGCCGAGGAGGCCACUACUUAUUGCGAAGUUCUUGGUUUCUCAACAUCCCAGACAUCGUCCGUCAAUGGAGACAAGGCAAGUCCGCCUCUGACGCAGUUUCCGGAGAAGCUGCUCCAUCACCUUCUGCAACGCUACCCGCACGGCAAGAUCUAUAACAUGGAAGCAGAUCCCGCUCGCCCACUACCUGGUGGCAUGCAUCCGGAUUCGUCGAUCUGUUCGAUGAGGAGGCGGCGGGACACUGAGACGGAAACGAUCUCUUCCCGCCCGAUCCAAGCUACCACCAACGGGAAAUCGAACGGCUCUAGGGAGAAGAGUCCACCUAAAACCAAACAGGCCAUCAGGAGCGUCCUUUCAAGGAUGUUUCCCGGAGCCAGGAGUGUGGUGUUUGUGCCGCUCUAUGAUGCGCAGAAGAGUCGUUGGUUUGCCGGCAGCCUCGUCUGGACUUGCACGCCCACACGUAUCUUCACACCCGAGAACGAGCUCAGCUACCUGAAAGCGUUUGGCCUGACCAUUAUGUCCGAGGUCACGAGGCUGCACAUCAAGGCGGCCGACAAGACCAAGAUGGAUGUCUUAGGCGCUAUAAGCCAUGAGUUGAGGUCACCGUUGCACGCCGUGGUUGGUGCUGCUGAGCUUUUGCGGCAGACCGAUCUAGACGGCUCCCAGGAGGGCUUCCUUCGCACAAUCCAGAUAUCGAGCACGACUUUACUCGACACCAUUGAUCAUCUCCUCGACUACGGCAAGAUGAAUCCGUUUCUCAAAACCGCUGGGUUGGAGAGGAGCAACUCCGGCCGUCUUCGACUUCGACAAUCUCGGCAGGAUCAAGUGGCGACCGUUUCCGAACCGUUGCGAGGGGUGGUACCCGUUCAACUCGACCGGCUAGCCGAGGAGGUUGUGGAGAGCGUUCUCGUGGGCUUCGGCUCCAUGCUCGCCACUGAGACUCAGGACGUGAUGUGGGGGUACCACCGCAGUCUCGCGAGCCACCGAAGCGUAGCUCCGGCAGAACACACGGCCGGCCAAACUGGCGCUGAACCUCCUAUCCCGGUCCAGAUCCUGUUCGAUAUUGAGCCGGCCGAUUCCUGGUUGUUUUGCAUACACCCUGGUGCAUUCCGGCGGAUCAUCAUGAAUUUGUUUGGGAACUCUCUCAAAUUCACCAAGCAGGGCUUUAUCAAAGUUGAACUGAGGCAGGAGAGGCUGCAGGUGGACAAGCCCGGCACUCAGCAGGAAAUUGGCAAGAUCGUGUUGACCGUUACCGAUACUGGUAAGGGAAUCAGCGAGGAAUACUUGCGCAACCAGCUCUACACGCCCUUUGCACAAGAGGACCACUUUGCGCCAGGCACAGGACUGGGGCUCAGCCUCAUCCGACAGGUUGUUACCGCGCUAGGGGGCGAGAUCCACGUUACAAGCCAGGUCGGAGUCGGAACCUCGGUCAAAGUCUUCCUGCCGUUACCGUUCGGCGAACGGACGGCAGACGAAGAAAAUGACAGCUUCAGGGCCUUGACACAAGAGCUGGCCGGGUCGCGUGUCCUGCUCCGGGGGUGUGGGGAUAACUGCCCUGAGAACAAGUCCCGGGGACUUGACACAAAUGGGCACAGGGUGCCGGAUAUAUCCAAACCGCAACUCGAGCUCCUGCAGACCAUCUGCAACGGCUGGCUAAAUAUGCAGGUUUUGUCAGAGGCCCAGGCACACAGCAACUCCCCGGACUUCGUCAUUCAGACUCGCGAGUUUUGGACCGGUCUCGAGCAGGCCGGUGGUGCCUUAGGCCUGCUCACUUGCCCACACGUUUUCAUAUGCCGGACUCCCAGGGUUGUGCAAUCCAUGAAUGCACAGCGUCCGAGUCGCAUACCAGCCUUUGUCGAGCUCACGUCACAGCCGCUGGGGCCACGCAAACUGGCCAGGGCUCUUCUCGAUAGUCGCCGGAGAUGGGAAGAAGCACAGCAAGCCGUCACGGCCGUUCUGAAAGAUGCCGGGAUCUUAGCCCCAAGGAGCUCGACACUGCCGCUAGUAUCAGUACCGCCGCGAGACGAUGCACGAUGCACGGCAAGGCAAGAAGAAUUGCGCUGGCAAAAUGGUGACAGCCGGGUGUUACCCGAGAAACUCGCAUACCCUCCUUCGGCAUCUGCUCCCGUCUCGGAAGCCCCCGCGAAGACAGUCCGUCAAUCAGUCCUGAUCGUCGAUGAUAACCCCAUCAACCUCAAAAUAUUGGCGGCAUACGUGAAGCAACUGGGCCUUCCACAUGGAAUGGCCAAGAACGGGCUCGAGGCGCUGGAGAUGUACAAGGCGUCGCCCUCUCAAUACAGCUGUCUUCUCACCGAUGUGUCGAUGCCCAUAAUGGACGGCAUCGAGUCGUCACGGCGAGUCAGAGAGUUUGAGCGCGCAGGCCAACUGCCUCCGUGCAAGAUCAUUGCUAUUACUGGUCUCAGCGGGACCGAUGUCGAGCAGGACGCGUUCGCCAGCGGCGUCGACAGGUUUCUCACGCGGCCGGUCACGUUGAAACAUAUCCUUGCUACGCUGGAGGAGUUGGGACUUAGGUAA